AUGUACGUGAAACAACUGAGUUUCUCUGACCCGCUAAACAAAAUGUGGGAUUAUGACUCCUUCCAGCAUGCCCACGCGCUCCAAUAUGGUCUAAAGGCGAAGCAGUUCGACGAACUUAACAAUCUAAACAACCAAGAUAUCACGUCUUCAGUCUGGGCCAUCACCCCCACCACAAUCAGCAGUAGCAGUGAGCCCAACAUGCGCACGCAGUUCUGA